CAGCAUCAGCGCGUGUGCAGCAGCACAUCACAAGCACAGCACAUUUAUCUUUACGCUCAGACAGUGAAGGCCUGGGUUUUGUUUCACCGAGGUAUCUGCUAAUACCUGCCAAGGCUUUCUUCAGAAAACAGGUCCCACUAUUGCAGACACAGCGGGGAAGGAUGGCAGAAGCGGACUUACAGACCUUUACCUCUAUUAUGGACGCGCUGGUUCGCAUCAGUUCCAACAUGAAGAGCAUGGAACAGGAGCUGCAUUGCCCAGUGUGUGAUGAAAUGGUGAAGCAGCCCGUCCUACUGCCGUGCCAGCACAGCGUGUGUUUGCUGUGUGCAGCUGAGAUCUUGGUACAAAGAGGCUAUCCUCCUCCAGAUCUCCCCCCGGAGCCCAACUCACCAGCCUCCACCCCCAAUACCCGCUCACCACGACAGGCACGCAGACCUGUGCCCAGGACGCCGGAUCGUCUAGAACGUGUCCUCAGGACAGUGUGUGGGACAUACCCGGGGCGCAGGCGGAAAGAUGCAGCCCCUCCCCCUAUGCUGUUCCCCUGCCCCUCCUGUCAGCAGGACGUGGAGCUCGGGGAGAAAGGCCUCACAGACUGCUUCCGUAACCUCACUCUGGAACGCAUCGUGGAGAGGUACAGGCACACAAUAAGCCUUGGCAGCGUGGCCAUUAUGUGUGGUUUCUGUAAACCCCCUCAGUCUCUGGAGGCCACUAAGGGCUGUGCUGACUGCAAGUCUAACUUCUGCAAUGAGUGUUUCAAACUCUACCAUCCGUGGGGAACCCCGCGAGCUCAGCACGAACACAUUCUACCCACAAACAACUUUAGGCCGAAGGUCCUCACAUGCACUGAACACGAGCUGGAGAGAAUGCAGUGGUAUUGCCGUAACUGCCAGAGGUUGCUGUGCCCCCUUUGUAAACUCCGACGCGUUCACCACGGACACAAAGUUUUGCCUAUAGCACAGGCCUACCAGGCCCUCAAGGACAAGAUUACCAAGGAAGUCAACUUCAUUUUGGCCAACCAGGAGACCAUCCAGAGUCAGAUCACUCAACUGGAAGCUGCCAUUAAACAGAUGGAGGCUAACGGUGCAGUGGCUCUGCAGCAGCUGACCCACUGCAUCCGAGAGCUUGGAGCGGCUGUCGCUGAGCGUCAGGGAACUCUAGCCUUGGUGCUAGAAGGAUCCAGAGGCAGGAGACUGGAGGCACUGUCCAAUCAGGUCUUCCAGAAGCAAAACCUGCUGGAGCAGGCAGGUUUGAUGGUGUACAGCCAGGAGCUGCUCAAAGAGACAGAUGCCCCCUGCUUUGUCCAGGCUGCGAGGGUGACACACCACAGGCUGAUUAAGGCCAUUGAAAAUCUACAGUGUUUCUCUCUUGCUGCUGAUCCCUCCUUCAGACACUUUCACCUCGAUGCAUCCAAAGAGGUUAGGCUUCUCAACAGCUUGCAGUUCAUACAAGCACCCUUGGCUCCAGUUAUUGACACGCAAAAGACCCUGGCGUACGACCAGCUGUUCUUAUGCUGGCGCCUCCCUCAGGACUCGGCUCCGGCCUGGCACUUCUCCGUGGAAUACCAGCGACGGGCCGGAGGCGUGGGCGCCGCGUGGGGGGGCACCGGAUCCCCCAGCUCCUCCACGCCAUGGCAGAGACUGAAUGAAGUGAAAGGGACCAGCGCUGUGAUUGACCGGUUGCAGAUGGACAGCGUGUACGUGCUCAGGGUGAGAGGCUGCAACAAAGCAGGGUUUGGAGAGUACAGCGAAGAGGUUUACCUCCACACCCCACCUGCACCGGUCCUGAGUUUCUCCUUGGAUUCUCGCUGGGGUUUGCAUGCAGACCGUUUGGCGCUGGGUAAAGGCCAGACCUACGCCCGCAGUGUGCCGGGGCUGUCCCUCCUGCAAGCAGCCGACCGUGCCCUCACCUCCUGUAACUUGACCUCUGACCUGCUGGUGGCGGACUUGGCCGUCACUCAAGGCAGACACUACUGGGCAUGCUCUGUGGAGCCCGGAUCUUACUUGGUGAAGGUUGGGGUUGGGCAGGAAACAAAACUACAAGAGUGGUUCCACAUCCCCCAGGACAUGGCGAGCCCUCGCUGUGACCCGGACAGUGGACACGACAGUGAGGCAGAGGACUGCCAGGACUCGCCCCCGCUCUGCUUCCUCACCGUGGGCAUGGGUAAGAUCCUGCUCCCUCAAAGACACGGUCACACCAAGAGCCAGGGGGACAGCCAGAGUCAGGGAGGGCUGCACUCCCAGAGCAGCAGCCACAGCAACAAGCUCCACUCCCACACCGCUCCUCUGCCGCCGCGGCUGGGAGUGUGCCUGGACUGCGACAGAGGGCGCGUCACCUUCUACGAUGCUCACUCCUUACGUGUCCUGUGGGAGGGACAUGUGGAUUGCUCUGCUCCGGUGUGUCCGGCCUUUUGCUUCAUUGGUGGUGGAGCGCUACAGCUACAAGAUCUUGUGGCCAAUCGGAGCAUCGAGGAGCCCCCACCGAGGAGGGUUACCAUCCAAACGCGAGCAACUAAUCGGAGCAAAUAAGCUAUUUAUGGAGAAAGCUCAUCAUUUCUUUCCAUAUUUAGAGUGAUUAUUCAUUUGAUCUUGCCAAACAUUGAUAUAACAUUGGGUCACUGUUAAAAUACAGUAAUGUCUUUUUUUUGGAAUCUAAAUAUAAACAGCUGAUGUUCUUCUGUAUUUGCACUUGGCCUGAAGCAUAAAAUUACCAUUUGGCUUAUCUAUUUACCUUUCUUCUCAGCCUUUAAAUGCUCGUGUGAACACAAUGACUGAUGGGAUUUUAGACUAUGCAGAAUUUUGUUGACGGGGUAUGAAGUAAAACCCCAUCAUAGCAGGUCAGGAUUUUCUCCUAUUUUCCCUCAGAAUGACAGGACAAUAAAACGUUGCAUGCGAGUGUAACAAGCAUUCAUAACAUACCUAUAUGCAUUUGAGAAAAACACCCCAGACGUACUGUAUGUCUAAUUUUUCUAUCUUCAUUUUGUAUGUAGCUUAAGAAGUAUUGAUGUAAAUAGAUCCCUGAAAUGGAGAAUGUCCGUAUUUUUGUUUGUUAAUGGGAACGUUUUGCAGCCUCUGUCAAAGUGACAAGUAAUAACAUAUGGGUUUUGUUAGGGUCUGUGUUUUUAAAAGGGUUUUGCAUGGCUGCAGAGACGAGCUCACAGUUGCCUCUCUUUUCGUUCACAUCACAACCCGGAUCUGUUAGAAUUCUGAACGAACGAUUAUAUUAUUUUUACUGACUUACAGACAUUUAAUUGCAUUUCAGUAGUAACACAAGCGUUGCUCGUAUGAUUUGAAGUAUUGAAUAGCACAUGAGUAUUGAUGGCUGGCUGAAGGAGUCAUAUAAGUUAUAGCUGAUUUUUAAUUUUUGGGUGUUAAUACCUUUUUUUUGUGGCAAUUAACAGUGCUUAGUUUAUGUGUUUAUUUUAAAAAGUUAUUCAAUAUGCUGUUUAAGGAAUCCAAGAGUCUGGAAAAACUUUAUUCGCACACAAGAGACUAUAUGGUUAUAUUUUCACAUUUUUGUCUCAGGCUGUAUUUUGAUGAGUGGAUGCGAGCUCUAGCUAUGUGUUUGAUGUGGUAUGUGAAUGGUUAUGUGGUUUCUGUGACAUUUAUAUGUGUCUUCAUGGACAGAUUAUGGGGAAAAAAGGCAUCUUGGUUUAUAUGUAUCAAAUUACCUCCAAUCACCCCAAUGAGGGCAGACACUCACACUGAAAGAUAUGAACAUCCACAAACUGCGCAGACACAACUGGAUGUAUGGAUCAUGUGCAUGUUAUAGAUGUUUUUGUGAUUGUGAUUUUCAUUUUGAAACUUUUCCUUCUGUUUUGUUUGCUUUCUGCUGCAAUUCUUGUUUAGAUCUCCUUUUAAUGGUCAGCUCUAAUGGUCAUUGGCUGAAGGUUUAGGUGUCAUCUGCAAGUAUUUUAGUUUUUGCAUUUCAUUUUAACAUUUUUUACUUUAUGUGUCUGUUCUGCCAUUCUGUCUCCGUAUAUGAAAUAUCCACCACUGCAGUUACUCUGUAUCUCUUUGGGAAUGCUUGACUGUUGUUUUGGUCUCAUUUCAUUCUUUGAAUAAUUUGUUGUGGACAUUUUACACUAAACACAAAUUCAAAUGUAAAAUUCAAAUGUCUGUUUCCAAGCUUAACAUAGCUUUUUUAUUGGUUCUUUUUUAAACAGUUUGUGUCUGUUUGUCUUUGAUAAGACAUUUAGUCCCUAAGCCUGCUCAGCGAUCUGUCCAUGUGUGUCUGUCUUGAAUGGCUUCCCUCCACUUGUGUGCCAGCAAAGCACUCGAAUGACCUCAAAUUGUAGCAUUUCAUACCUAAAAUUUGACUUUGUCUUGCUGGCUGAAUGUUUCCAUCAUGUCAUGAGAAAAAAGAUAAAUCAAUAAAUGAAAAACUCUAAACUGCUGCACGGGGUCACUCUGUGUCAAACCUUGACCUUUUGACAUUUAUUUGUGGCUUUUGAGCAUCAAAGCUUGGGGACAAAACAGUUUUUGUUCAGAAUGAUAUUGAUAACUUUUUAAGAUUUCUGGUUGCCAGAUAUUGUAUUUAUUAUUUGUUUUUUAAAGUGAUGUAAACAAAGGAGUUAUUGUAUCAGUGCUUAAAAAGAGAAAAGGAUUUUAAAAAAGGAUAAUGAAAAAUGUAAAAUUCACGCCAACUUUCACAACAAGCAUCUCACAUAAAUAAGGCAGUGGCAUUUGUACCAGUCACCUCAGGUGAGCCUCUCAGCUGUAAACCUAUGUUGUUGUCAACAUCAGCUGUUACGCCAGAUUAAAAAACAUGUUUUGGCUGAUGCAUCUGCUUGUAAGGGUGCUGUCUGCUUCAUAAAACUGUCACAUGAACACUGCCUGUAAACAGCAGACGGGUGUUCUUACAGCGAUUGUAAAAACAAGCCUUCUUUGUUUGGAUGUCAUGGAAAAACCUGAACGGCAAGUGUACCAGGGCUGCAUUAACAGA